CGCGAGUGUACCGUCGGCGCGGCCCGUAGCCCUGCCCCAGUCCACGCCACUCGAGUAGCUCUGCCGUCCCGUCGACGAUGUCCAGCCACCGAAGCCACGCCGCGGCCGCCCUCGUCGCUGCCCUGGCCGUCGCCUCCGUGCUCGGCCAGAGCGGCAAGAGCCAGUCGGAGCAGAAAAAGGACGAGGAGUUCCGGUGCCCCGAGGGCCAAGGCAACGGUAAUUUCGCCGAUCCCGCCACUUGCCGCAGAUUCUACCAGUGCGUCGACAACUACCCGUACUUGAACAGGUGCCCGUCGGGACUGUACUUUGACGACAUCAGCAAGUUCUGCACGUUCAAGAACGAGGCGCGCUGCGGACCGAUACCGACAACACCCGCCCCGUCGACGGAAGCGCCUACCGAUCUGGCGGAGCGCUGCGACACCGCCGAAUGCCAGCUGCCCUACUGCUUCUGCUCCAAGGACGGGACCAUCAUUCCCGGCGGCCUCAAGCCCCAAGACACGCCGCAGAUGAUACUGCUGACGUUCGACGGCGCCGUCAACCACAACAACUUCGACCACUAUCGCAAGAUCUUCAGUUCCGACCGGCUCAACCCCAACAACUGUCCGCUCAAGGGCACCUUCUUCCUGUCGCACGAGUACUGCAACUACAACAUGGUGCAGAGCCUCGCCCACGACGGUCACGAGAUCGCCACGGAAACCAUCUCGCUGCAAAAGGGCUUGGAGGACAAGAGCUACGACGAGUGGGCGAGUGAGAUGAUCGGCAUGCGCGAGAUCGUCAAGAGAUUCAGCAACGUGUCGAGCAGCGAGGUGGUGGGCAUGCGUGCGCCAUACCUGAAGCCCGGCCGUAAUACGCAGUACAAGGUGAUGGAGGACUUCGGCUACAUCUACGACAGCAGCAUCGGCAUAUCGCCGAGCAAGAUCCCCAUCUGGCCGUACACGCUCGACUAUAAGAUACCGCACGAGUGCAAGGCCGGCACCUGCCCCACCAAGUCCUUUCCAGGGCUGUGGGAGAUCCCGCUGAACGCCCACUACGUCGAGAGCUACGAGGGCGGUCACUGCCCCUAUCUGGACCAAUGCGUACUGCACAGCCACGACGCCGAGGAGGUGUUCCAGUGGCUGCAGGAGGACUUCAGCCGCUACUACGACCAGAAUCGCGCCCCCUACAUGAUGCCCUUCCAUACCAACUGGUUCCAGAUCAAGGAGCUCGAACGCGGCCUCCACAAGUUUCUCGACUGGACCACCUCUCUGCCUGACGUCUACUACGUUACGGCAACCCAGGCUCUCACUUGGAUCACAGACCCCAAGCCCCUCAAUGCUCUCAACAACUACGACGGUUGGUCAUGCAAAAAGAGGGAAAACGUUCCUGAACCACCCUGCAAUAACCCAAACAAGUGUGCCCUUGAUUUCAAGCCUGGUGAUGCUAAUUUUACAACCACCAGGUAUAUGGAGACAUGCACAGAGUGUCCAAACAAAUACCCUUGGCUCGGAGAUGCCAAAGGCACUGGCUCUGCAACUCUUGAUAAUUACAGUGCCGAGAGAGAGCAGAAAUAAAUUUUUUCUGAACUUAUCGAUUCCAAGAAUCGCACUCUGCAUCUUUUUUCUAAUUAAAAUCACUGAGGAACCAAUGAAGACUUGUGACAUUGAGCUGAGAAUGCAUUUUUCUUAAAUAGAUUUGUACUUAUAUUACUAUUAUUAUAAUUAUUACUAUUAAGAGUAACACAGAGCAUUAAUACUCAUCAUUAGGCUCUUCCUGAUACAAAUAUUGAAUGAUUCUCUGUUGCGUUUUGUGCAUGUGUGAUUUUAAUUGCUGAUGAGGAUGUAUGAUAAAACAAAAAAAAAACAAAAAAGCAAAUGUUAA